UCAGUAGAAAGUUUCUAGGCUUCCUUGGGCUUUGUUUUUCGAGAUCAGAUGAAGCCCAGGAAUUUCUGCACUCGGUGGCCUUUCCAGCUGGGGAGCGCUGGGUGCCUUUAUUAGCAACACAAAGCCCAGGUUUGUCUUUCCAUCUCGCUAGCUCGCGUUCUAAGGGGAAUUAGAUUUUUUUUCCUCCUCCCAGUUCCCCAUCACAGCUCAGCGAUUGUUACAUUCCUGCCUCUCGGGUUUCCUGGCCGCGGUGAGUGCCGACUGGAGCGGUUGGGUACAGUAGUGCCCUCAGCUGGAGUGAUGAUGGACGUGUCCUUCACCCUACUCAGUACCUAGACCAUGCAGAGGCUGCACAUUACCGGGAUUUGCCAUAACUGAAGGACAGUAUGGAGGGGAGCAGAGAGCCAACGCCCCACACAGAACAAAGACCCCCAGAGAGAUCCAAAGCUCCAUCCAGAAUAUUUUGGGGGUUCCUGGCUGCGGCGUUGCUCUUCUCAAUCGUGGGCAUCUGCGUGGUGGGAAUUCUGGGCUGGAAAGAGAACAAAACUAAGCCCCUCGUGCAGGUUGUCCGUCUCACCUAUAAGAACGCCCAGGGCUCCCCGGUAAACCAGUCUGCGGUUACCGACAAGAGAAGAAAUACCGUUACCUACAGGGUGACCGCCAGGAACCAGACUUCUGUGGUCCUGUUCGACAGCAAGCAUGGGCUGGUUUGCUAUAAGGCUGCAGGGGAACGUUCCUGCUUCCUGCGCAGAAUGGAGCCCCGUGACUUGGAAAACAUACAGCCGAUCCUAAAUGUGUCGGAAGCCAAGGACGAGGCCGUCCUUUCACAGAAGAAUAAGACCCGUUACUACAGAGAGUUUCUGGGAGUCCUGGGAGGACGGAAGGUCAGCCAUGAGCUUGUUGGGGAACCGGUGCAAGCACUAUGUGACCAGCUUCCUAUAUACUGGGUGAAGAAAGGAGAGGGUCCUCCACGGCAACGUCUCAUUUACCUCUGCAUCGAUAUCUGUUUCCCCAAUAACAUUUGCGUAUCUGUAUGUUUUUACUACCUGCCCGACUGAUCCACGUCGCACAAGCCGGGAACCCGGUCCCUGCGAAACCUGCUCUGCUUUCCGGCAGAGAUUGCACAAGAUUCGGGGAAAUUUAGUUUUUUAUUAUUAAUAUUAUUUGUAUUACCGAAUAGAAGGUGCGACCCCUCUGCUCCCACCAAACCUGAUACUCCUCGGAACCACAGCAAGAUCACAACACCUAAAGCUUCAU